AUGCUAUUUGCUGCUCUGAAAUCUAAUCCAGGAGAACGAUCAUUCUAUGAUCAACUUAUAUCUUGUAUUACUGACUUAGCUAUGGUUGCUGACCCAAUUCGAAAUCCUCAGGCUGAGAAACAUGUACGGUUUCUAACACAGUGUCACAAUCAAGGUUUGCUACGUUGUAUUGACUUUGCUUUCUUUACACUGAUGUGGACUGCUGAUUAUAGUAAAGACUGUGAUAUGUAUUCAGCUCAGUGUAAAUAUUUAAAACCAAAAUAUUUUUCAUUUCAUGAAAGGAUAGUUGAUGUUGGAAUAUUUGGUACAUGGUUAAAUUUAAAAUUAAAAAUGAAAGAUUUUGAUGUAAACCCAAAUGAAUGGGCUCAUGCAACAUAA